GUAGACACCAUGUCCACUGCAAAGAGACAAAGCAGCUUGUCUCGGGGACAGACUGACUGGGAGGAGACAGAGACCAUGUUGGAGGCGCUUCAUGGAGACAUGAGAGAGAGGAUCGUGCUACAGCGGCUGAUAGUGAUUGCUCGCCUCCCCCGCCAUCUUGCUGACAGGACAGAACUGGGAGCUCAUUAUGAGAAACUCAACUUUCAGCUCAGCAAACAGUUCAUCUGGGAUCAAAUGACGGGCCUGCUGCUGAUUUAUCCGUCCUGUCUGCUGCACGUCAUUGAAUCGUCCAGGGACGUUCUGCUUUCUUUUUUGAGAGGUCUUAAAGACAUGCAACAACAGCCAGACGGUGCCGUGCUGGAGGCUCCCAGGGUCGUGUUCAUGGCACAUAACCCUCAGAGCAGGCUGUUCCAACAGUGGAGCUACAAGACUGAGGUGCUGGAUGCAGAUCAGGGGGCGGAGGACACGGGGGUUAAGAGACUUGAGGAAGAGGAGGAGAGCACAGAGAGUCUGGUUUGUACGGUCCUGUCAGCGCUGCAGCUACUGGGUGAACAUCUGCAAAUAUCUAAAAAGGCCCUGCCUGGUUUGAUGCUGGAGGAGCGUCCGCACCUGAUCGUCUCUCAGGACGUUCUCAACAAGCUUUUGACUCGGGACGACUUACAGACGCCACAACAACACCUACAGAUGUACAACUCACCAUUAAACAUCAGCAUGGACUUCGGACGAGUUAGACGAAGCAGCUGCCUCACCAGAGUUUAACAUUUUGGGCAAAAGGUCAAAGAAUGUGUUUGGCCUUCACCAAAGCACCGAGGAUGUGACUGAAGCAGAGAGAAAUCACUGCGACAGUUUAAUACCAACAUUUAAUGUACCGCAGGACUCCUCUGGCAUUUCUUUUUGUUGUUUCUUUCUGCUCCACAUGAUUUUAUAUAUGAAACUUGUUUGAAGCAAAGAAAAGCACAGGAAGUCCAAGUAAUAUAAAAAAACAUUUUUAAUAGUUUCAACAUUCGGAUGAGGUUAAUUUAUUUCUAUUUGACUGUACACUGUGUUCCACUUGGUGACCAGGAGAUAGCAUGUCCAAGAAAAAGGCAUUUCCUCUUUACUCCAGACUUUAAAGAGUCGGCAGCGUCACUACAGUUUGACACAAAGAAAGAUUCCUUGCUCACUUAUGUGUUCCCUUUUUAUUUUGGCCCCCGUUACUUGGAACUUAAGCAAAAAAGAAAAAUCAAAGAUGACUGGAGAUGUACUUGCACUGGCUGCAUGCACCACAUUGUAAUCUAUAAACUACGUGUAAAAACAAACCUGUAUGCAGCACGUUUUUUUUUCUGUUUGCAGUGUGAAGUCACAGGAACUUUUCAGGAGAUUUAAGUCUGCUACAGCAAAGUACUUUAGAGCAUAGACGGUGUCACUGCCGUCAUGUUAGCUGAUGGAUUUCCUGACAGUGGUCUGAGCCAGAUGUGCUUUUCCUAUUUGCUCUAGAUAAAAAGGGUGAAAGGUGCCGUAUGAGUGUAACACAGGAGAGACAUGGUGAAACAGUAAAUCAUCAGUGUUUCGAGUCGAUGGAGAGUUUGACUAAAAAAACGUAGAGGGCAGCACUUUUAUAAAGGUCGAUCUAUUCACUUAUAAAAAAUAAAUACAAGCACAUUUAUAUAGGACCAAAGAUGAGACAUAUUUCAUAGGCAUGGUUAAAAAGCAUGCUGCCGAGUUUCACACAGGACAAUGUCGAAUCAAACGCCGCCCCCCUCCCUCCCCCCUCCCUCCCCAAAAUUGGUCAUAACACACUUUUUAUCAAAUACCCCACCACCUUCUUUUACUUGAAACUACACACACAAUCCGCCUGGAUCACGACCUCUGAGGUGAACAUCGUCUACAUUCCACCUACUCAUGUAAAAAACAAAAAAAAAAGGCCUUCGUAUUUUAGAGCUCAAAGGUCAUGCUUGCAAAAGCUGUAAUACUGGAAUCUGUCUCCCGACUGUCUCUGCUCGACAGAGUUAUUGUUAAUAAAGUUGUGUUUGAUGAACACCGUAUGUACAAACCUUAAUCUGAAACCUUUAGUACAAAACGAAGAGCAGCACACUGUAACACAGAAAUCAGACAAAGACAGGACAGACCAUUCACCUCAGCACAGCCAAAUUCAGACAAUAACUUGUUUUAAAAAAUCUGUUUUACAGUCAGCGUUAAGUUUUUCUUUUAAUAUUAAAAUUUUAAAUACUACGGUGGCCAGCGAGGGCUAAUGCGCUACAGCGGACCAAAACAUUUCCAUCAGGAGAAUCAUGGUGCAGCGUCAGAAAUACAAAGACUAACGAAAUGUGCUACAGAAACAGCAAAACACGCUGCAGAUACAGAAACCAUGCAAAGUCAAAAAACAACACAUAAAACCCAGAGAACAGACGCAACAGAGAAACGCUGCAUAUCCAGUCAACACAAUGGAAGUCCUCCAGGCCUCCAGGCCUCCAGGGGAGGGCCAAGUGAAACACACGAAAAUGUUUGUUUUUGAAGCAGGAACAAAACUGGAACAUGUUUGUAUUCUUUGUACAUUUGGCCUCAGGACUCGUCUCCACAUAGCUCUGUAUAGGUUUGCAAGUCAACUGGAAGUCCAUUCAUUCCUAUGAGACCUGGUUCUCACGGUCAUGGAAAACCUGGAAAGUCAUGGAAUUUCACAAUCACAUUUUCCAGGCCUGGAAAAGUUAUUGAAUAAGUAAAAACCAUUGACAAUUGUGGAGAAGUCACGGAACGCUGUCACGGUAAUCUUCCAUAGAUAACCUUCAGUGUGACGUAACAUUACGUAACAAAUUUAUUUUGUGAAGCCGACGACGCAACGAUCGAAAUGUGACAACGUUUUGUUCACCAUCACAUAGAUUUCUUCUUGUUCGCCCAGCGCUGCGUCUCUCCCUUCAUUUGUGCCCACUAGCUGAAACUGUGUUUGAAUAGAGCUUGAGUCUGACGUGUUUGAAAAACAUUAUUAUAUGUCCUUGAAAAGUCUUGGAAAAAUUUUGAAAUUUUGUCAAUGAAAAAGUGGGAACUCCGACGAGAACCUCCGUGAUCUCUGAUGAGUUUACAAUCAAUCAAUCAAUCAAUUUUAUUUAUAAAGCCCAAUAUCACAAAUCACAAUUUGCCUCACAGGGCUUUACAGCAUACGACAUCCCUCUGUCCUUAUGACCCUCACAGCUGAUCAGGAAAAACUCCCCAAAAAAACCCCCCUUUAACGGGGAAAAAAGACGGUAGAAACCUCAGGAAGAGCAACUGAGGAGGGAUCCCUCUUCCAGGACGGACAGACGUGCAAUAGAUGUCGUACAGAACAGAUCAGCAUAAUAAAUUAACAGUAAUCCGUAUGACAGUACUCCUUCUGUUUUUUUUUUUUUUCCAGUCCAGAAUUUGUGUCAAGUCAGUUUUGAACUUUUGCACAAAUUUGUGUGAACAUCGUGCCACAGGAAGUUAGCAUGAAAACGAUUAGCUAACAGACUGAUAAAUAUACUACAGCUCUGUUCACACAUGUUUUGUGGAGUGACAAGUUUUGAUGGCAUGCUUAGCUAGCUAACACUGAUGGUAUGCUAGCUGUGUGACAUAUAGAUUGCACGCUUCGUGGUUCAUACGUCUCUGAACAAAAUAUUUCAGUAAACUGGCUGCACAGCUGACAGGCCGACCUUAACGCUUAUUUGUCGACAUGCAUUUGUCUCUGUAUUGCUCCUUGUACAUAUUCUAUUGAUUGGACGGCAACGAAAACAUUCAAAUGAACUUUUCCAGCGUUUCUGCAGUAGCGUCUUUAUCUCUAAGUAAAGGGAUGCAUUUCCUCGUGUCAACAACGAUACAAAAACAUGGACACAAACAACACUGUAGAAACGAGGCACAAGUUUUUCACAAUUUUAUGAAAGAGCAAGAGAUUUACGUAGCUAGCAUAAGUAUGUAAGUGCGUUGCAUGCUAACACUAGCUACAUAAAUCUGUUGCAGUUAUUUAAGCUGUUUGUGAGUUUUUCGACUUUGCCUUGUUUCUGUAUUUGCAGCGUUUUCUAUUUCUUUGGCUUUUUGCAACAUGUUCUUUCAUUUGCAGAACAUUUCAUUUGAACUGGCAUCUCGUCAGAGCUGCACCAUGUUUCUCCUGUUGGAAAGGUUUUGGGCCGCUGUAGAGCACUGGUCAGCCACAGUAAACUGGUGACAGCAUUUCAUGCUAUAUUCAUUUAAACUCAGCUGGAGAAUCUGAUUGAUUAAUUGGUAUGGAUUGUAUGGACUGUUUUUCAAAGCAAACAUUUUCUGGGACAAUAAACCAAAGAUUGAGAAAACAAUCAGAUUAAUUGAUAAUAAAAAUGAUCAUCAGUUGCAGCCCUAAAUUGUAGAAAACCUCCUGUAGUUUUUUUGCAUGUUCUAAUUCACAUUUUUAACAUCUACCUUAUAUCUAACAUGGAG